AUGCCACCAGCAUCCCCCUUGGCAAUCGCCACCUCCGCAGUGCAAAGACUCGUCAAGGAAGAGGCAUCCUACCACCGCGAGCUCGAGCAACAGACAAAACGCCUCCAGAAGCUUGAGUCAGAGGGCCCAGGCGAUAACGAUGAAGGGAACCAUGCCUUUUUGAUAAAACAAGAGCGCCAAGCUGUCGACGAGACCAAGGCAGUAUUUCCAAUGUUGAAAGAGAAGAUUUCGGAUUCUGUUGCGAAGCUUGAGCAUUUGAUCGUUGAAGAAGGAAACAAAGGAGAUAAUAGCAACGUCGAGCAACUCACUGCUGCCAAAGAGGCGAUUUCAUCAGCCAAGACUGCUAUGAGAGAGAUUGCUUAA